GACUGUAGCCUUACAGCUUUCUCCACAACGUAAAAUUUUAAACGGGACUGUCAAAAGUUUUUAACUCCAGUUUAUUCUUCAGUUUAAACAGUCUUGUCCCAGUAAGGAACUGUAGCUGGGCAGGAAUAGAUCUCGCUGUGUCAACCAUGUUUCUGUUCUGAAAACUGGAAUGGGGAAGAUCAGCAAGAUACUUGUGUGUGGCCAUGCCGGCGUUGGAAAGACUGCCAUCAUCGAGCAGCUUAUGUAUGGCAACCACGUCAUCGGAACGCCCAUGAUUUCAACAAUAGAAGACAUUUACACAGCCAUGAUUGAGACAGACCGAGGGGUGAAGGAGAAAGUUCGCAUCUUCGACACUGGGGGCUUGGAUGGAACAAAGACCGAGCUGCCAAAACACUUUCUAACCUUUCCCGAUGGGUUUGUGCUAGUUUAUGAUGUGACCAACUGGGACUCCUUCCAAAAACUAGACAAGAUAAAAAAAGACAUUGACAAAAACAGGGACAAGAAAGAGGUGCACAUCAUCACUAUCGGGAACAACAAGAGUGAGAGACAGGAAGACAGACAGGUGGACUUCAAUACAGCUCAGACCUGGGCCACUCAACAGAAAGUGCGUCUGUGGGAGGCUAAUGUGACAAACCGUCAGUCGCUGGUGGAACCAUUCGUGUUCCUGACUUCACGCAUCACACAGCCACAGAGUAAAUCUGGGUUUCUGCCAGGCCGGAAAGCAAAAGGUACAAGCAGCACGACGAAUGUGGACUGAUCAACCAACCAAUCCAACACCAAACUGUCUCACUGUAUUCUCCUCAUACAAUAUCAUCGAUAAUAUCUUGUCUGUGUCAAACUCUGCAGUUUCUUUACCUGAGUGAAUUACUGUUUUGAAAAUUAGAGUUUAUACAUAUAGUGUACAUUAAGACAUAUUUAGAUUGUAGUUAGAAAAUUGCAUUAUUUUUAUGAUUAUUAUUUAUUUACUUCA